AUGUCGGUCGUCACUGAGAUGAUCGCUUCUCACCGCAACACGAAGGCAGCGGCUGAAGGUCUGUCUUCUACCAAGCUUGCAGGGAAGGCACAAGAUGGAAACACGGGCGCUGUACUCCUCAAGAAAGGCACCCUUCGGCGUCUAAACAAAGCAAGUCUUUUGGAGCACCAUCCCGUGAAAAUGAUCUUGACGGAUAUGGACGGCACGUUUCUGGACUCACAUCAUGCUGCGUCGAAGCCCAAUGUAGAGGCUUUUGCUAGUCUCAAGUGUCGCGGUAUUGUUGGCGUGAUUGCAACAGGUCGGCCUCGCCAAAGUGUCAUCAGCGGCGUUGGCCUACCAACAUUUCAAUGCAUGAUGAACCACGCGGCUGGACCGGGCAUCUUCAUGAACGGCAGUGUGGUCUAUGGUCCAGAAGGCGAAAUCAUCUUUGAACGGCACAUUGAGACAGAGGCGCAGCGGAAGGUCUUGCGCACCUUGGAGGGACUCGGCUGGCGAAACAGGGUCUGUGGCUACAAUUCUCACGGAAUAUACUGUGAGGAGAAGAACGACGUCAACUGGCGUCUGCAUCUCGAGUAUGGAGAGCCCGAGCCUGUGCUUGUUCCAGAGGGACGGCUUGACGAGAUGAAGUUCAGCAAGCUCAUCAUAAACGGAACGGAUAACGAAAUAGACGUCCUGCGGCCAAGUCUCGAAUGCAAGCUGCCGGCAGGUGCUAAAUGUGUGCGGCCGUUGACUUGGAACUUGGAGGUCAUCCCGACCGGAAUUUCCAAGGCAACAGGAAUGAAAGUCCUGCUGGAUCACUACGGCUUCUCGAGCAGUAACGUCCUCACUAUGGGGGACAGCGAAAACGACAUUGAGAUGUUCCGCGCAUCCGGAAUUUCAGUUGCAGUCAAGAAUGCUUCAGACAUUGCUAAACAAGCCGCCGGGUACGAGACCGUUUCCAACGAUCAACAUGCAUUCGCAGAAGUUGUGGCCACAAUUUGUGAGAGCCGUCAAGGCUGCCCUUUUCCGUUCUAA